AUGUCGAGCGUGACCCGUGAGGUACAGAAAUAUUCGCCUUUCAUCCGCGACCGGGUGGAUGCGCGCUCCGCCUCUCAGCUUGCGAUGCUACUCUCCUUGAUCUUCCACUGUUCUUGCUUUUGGGCGGUUUUGGUCGGUGCUGCUGUCACCAAUCGGACCAUAGAUGACGAGCAGGGAGAUGCCUUGACUGGGUUGAAGCCGGUAUACUCGGGAUCGUUCAACUAUGGCCCCGAAUGCACUGGCUGUUUCGUGCAGCCGGAUGCAUCUCGUGCAUUCGACAACAGCUGGCAUGACACGACCAUCGACCCUCCCGAUACGACGUUCCCUUCUGUCACCCUCACAUUCAAUGGCACGGCUAUAUACGUGUUCUGCAUAGUUCCGAACACCGUAAUGUACGCCACUACCAUGGCAAAUAUGACCUUCACUCUGGAUGGAGACUUGGUGGGGACCUACUUCCAUGAGCCUUCGACGUCCACGGACUUUGAAUACAACGUACCCGUGUACACGAACAAAUCCAUGGAUAACGUGCAGCACACCCUGAAGUUGGAAGCUCAGGCGGGUACAAACGGCUCUUACCUGUCCUUUGACUACGCUAUCUACACUUUCGACGAUACGCCAACCACUACUUCUGCGUCAUCGGUAGGCCCGACGCCAUCGCAUGAGACAAGUUCGAACUCGCCCACCGCAAGUUCCGGAUCCGAUCACAAGUCGGCUCCGAUCGGCGCCAUAGUCGGUGGCGUGGUUGGCGGCGUGGCACUCGUCGUCGCUCUUCUGCUCGUCUUCUUCUGCCUGCGCAGACGCGGCAAGCAUAGCGGGAUCGACACCGUACGGCCAGCAAGGCACGGGGAGCACGCCGAACUCGACGAAGCGGCGAUCAAGAUAGAACCGUUCGUCCCUGAAGCACGGCGCGGUGACGAAGUUGCUUCCGUCCCUUUCCUGGGUCCGCCCACGGUGACCUCCUCGGAUGGGCUAUCGUCAGGCCCGUUAUCUGCUCGGAGGAGAGAAUUCGGGUCUAUGGCAAGUUUGGGGACGUCGGCUCCGGACUCGAGUGCCGUUCCAGAAUCUACGGCCGGCUCCAGUGGAUAUGGGAUAGGAACUGGCACGGCAACCACGACCGUUGCCGCCGUAGCCCAGCCGAGAGGAAAGGGCGCUAUGCGAAGACAGGAACUCGCUCAGCAGCUUCGCGAGAUGGAGAACACCGUGGCCGAGCUAACCGCACAACGAGAAGCCGAGAUAGCUUCAACUGCGGAUGCACGCGACGAGGAUGAUGCCACCGACGCCCUUCGCCAACAGGUCGAGACACUGCAACUUGAGGUCGAGCGUCUACGUGCGGAACAAGAUCAGGCGCGGGCGCUGGAUUUCGAGCCUCCGCCUGCUUAUGUGCAUGUGCCUGAUGAUAACGCCGCUCAGCAUAGUAAUAGCGCUUGA